AUGUACCAUAGAGGACAAACACCAAAACCCGCCGCUGAUCUCCUCCCCGUUCCCUCACCUAAAGACAUCCUCUCCCGCACUACUUCCCCAACACCUGCACGGACGUACCACCCUAAAGGCCGCCAACACAGCCGGUACUUGAAAUUCAAAUCUGCGAUGGGGACGUUGUUGAUCUUCAUUGCUGUGAUGGGGUUGGUGUUGUUGCUUAGUGGUGUGGAGACUGGUGGGACUGGGAUUAAGCAGCAGGCGUUGAAGGAUGCGUGUCCGAGUUAUGGGGAUUAUGCGAAUAGGCGUCAUGGGCCUUUCAGUGAAGGUCCUUUGAAGUUGCCGUCACAGCGUCCGAUUCCGGCAUGUCGGACCUUCGUGUCGAAGAGCGUGGAGGAAUUGGUUGCGAGUAUCUCGAAGAAGAUGGUCGACAAAGACCUCGCCCGUCUCUUUGAGAAUUGCUUUCCGAACACCCUCGACACCACGAUUAAAUAUCACAACCCUAAAUCCAAUCCGCCACAGUCCUUUAUCAUCACAGGCGACAUCAACGCUGAAUGGCUUCGCGACUCGACGAACCAGCUCGCGCCUUAUGUCUCCCUCCUCCGCUCUGAUCGCGCCCUUCGCACAUUGUUCGCCGGCGCUAUUCAUACUCAGGCUGACAUGAUCCGUCAGUAUUCCUACUGCAACGCUUUCCACCCGCCACCUGCAGCUGGACUGAAAAGGACAUACAAUGAUCAACACGAUGUCGUGCACCCGCCAUAUGACCCAGCCGUGGUCUUCGAGUGCAAAUGGGAACUGGAUUCAUUGGCCGCGUUCAUUAAGCUGAGUUGGAUGUAUUACACGGAAACAGGAGAUACCAAGUUCAUGGAUAAGACUUGGACGGAGGCAGUCCAGCACCUCUUUGGCGUGUUAAAUCAGCAGAGUGAACCGACCUUCGACGACAUGGGCCGACCGAUGCGGAAUGCAUACACGUUCCGUCGUCAGACUACCUCCGGAACUGAGACACUUGCGUUGAGUGGUGCAGGACAUCCCAUCAAUGGGAAUACCUCGUUGAUUAGGAGUGCGUUCCGUCCCUCUGAUGACGCGACGAUUUUCCAGUACUUCAUUCCGGCGAAUGCAAUGAUGUCUGUCGAGCUUGGCCAUUUGUCGGAGAUGUUGAAGAAGGCGAAUCAUGAUGGUACGACGUGGAAUUACCUCUCCUCCGAAGCGGCACGCAUCUCGGCGGAGAUCAGGGCGGGAAUCUACGAGCUUGCCGUAAUAGACCACAAGAUCUUCGGAAGCGUGCUCGCAUACGAGGUUGACGGCUACGGCGGUGCCCUAUUAAUGGACGACGCUAACAUCCCCUCCCUCCUCUCUCUCCCAAUGCUGGGUUUUGUGGAUAUGGACGAUCCGAUCUACCAAAACACUCGCCGCAUGGUCCUCUCCUCCACCGGCAACCCAUACUUCCUCGGCCGCCCCUCCCAUACAAUAUUCAGCGGCAUCGGCGGCCCCCACAUCGGCACGCGCCACGCCUGGCCCAUGUCCGUUAUCGUCCAGAUCCUCACCGAAACCAACGAAACUGAAAUCGUGCGUUUAUUGGAGAUGUUGAAGAAGAGUACGGCGGGGUUGGGGUUGAUGCAUGAGAGUGUUAAUGUUGAGCGAUUGGGUGAUUUUACGAGGCCUUGGUUUGCGUGGGUUAAUGGAUUGUUUGGACAGAUGGUUUUGGAGUUGGUGGAGAAGAGGCCGCAUUUGAUUUUUGGGGAUGCGGAGGCAGCUGCUGCUAGGGAGGCAGUUACGGUAGAGGAGUAG